GUCAUUUCUCAACAUGGCGUCUCGGCCUUGAAGUUCGUCCGAGUAAAUCUGCUGUGCAUUGAGUUAUCGAAACAGAAUGGAGACAGAGAAACCAGCGAAGGGGGUAAAAAAGGAGACUGAUGCAUCAGUCACUCCUACCACAUCCCCAGCAAAAGUCAAAACUGAGAAGUCCCCUGCCAAAGCCAAAGCUGCUGAGGUUGUGAAGAAUGAACAGAAGUCUACGGAUGAGGAGAUGGUCACCCCACCAAGGACAAGAAAACGAAGGGGAGUUCAACCAACGCCUGAGGCAACGACCCCCAAGGAUACCCCUAAGAGGAGGAAGACACAGACCACCUUUUACCAGAGUCCCAUUGUCGCGGUUACCCCAGCUAGUAAGAGUAAUAGUAAUGGAUCAACCUCUUCCAAAUCGACACCAGCUGAAAGGGAGCAGCUUUUCAAGAAGGGGAAGUUCUUGGCGGUCAGGAAUGCUGAUGCUGGCUUUUACCUCUGUCAGGCAGCGCAGAACGUCUUCAAGGGUUGCAAGCCCUUCAAGAUCCGCUGGUUGACAAAUGACGAAGGUCCGUCCGAUACCUUUAAAUUGGACUUCUACGACACAGUGGAGCUGGAGACAGUUUUAACUUCAGUGAACAUGAAAUAUGUGAACAAGGAGUUGUACAUACUGCCCAAGAAAGAGAAAGAAAAGGCUGAGAAGAUAUUGAAGAAGGCACUGAAUGCGGAGAAGGGUAUUGUUGAACCUGAGCCUGAUGAAGAUGAGGAUGAAGAGGAGGAGUAUGAAGAAGAAGUAGAAGAAGAAGAGGACGAAGAAGAAGAAGAGCCUGCACCAGCCAAGAAGUCGAAGAGAACAAGCCCCCGAAGCAAAUCCAAGGGGCGCGCAAGCCCAAGAAAGACUGCUCAGGCAGCAGUUGUUAACAAAGGCAGCCGAGUCAAAUUAAAAGCUUCAAAGCCAAAGAAGAAAGCUCCUGUGUCUCCACCAGCCAAAGGUAAAGCAAAGGCAAAACCGUCACCAAAGCUGAAGACCCCAUCGCCUGGUGGAAGGAAGCAUGCAAAUGAUCGGCUGAAAAUGAACACCGCGGUCAAAGUGCUUGAGAGGGAUCCUUUCUUUGAGUCGAGGGAGACUGUCCCAGCCAUGGACACAGUGAUCGCAAGUAAGCUCGUCUUCCGGGCUGUUCAGCUGAAUGACAUGAAGCUACUACAGCGUUAUGUGGACGACGUCAAGCAUAUCGCAAAGCUUGACAUGAAAAGAAGCAUCAGCAUGAGAGAAACUGCUCUUGAAAUGGCCAUCAAGAAUGAAAACCAGAAAGCCUUUGAGAUCCUCUACAGGGCUGUGUUCAAGGAGAAGGCAGAGCGUGUGAAACCGCCACCAAACAUCCUCUCGACUAUCGGGACUGGCACGUAUAAUGUGCGGUCGCUUGGCAUACCCUCGAUCAGGAAGCUGACCAUGAGUCGUGGAAGCCGAGAAGGCAACAAUGCUUUGCUCAAGGAUAACGAUGAUGUAUAUAUUUCUACGUCUGAUAAAGAUGUAUACAUGGCAGCAAUCCAAGCUGGAGUAAAGCCAGCCUUCUUCACACGCAUUAUGACAAAUGGAAUAAAAGACAUUGAUUACUCCAAUGCUCACAGCAGGAUAUACGAAAUGGUGCGAAGAGGUCAUCGCAAGUUGGCUGGCCAUGUUCUCUCAAAUUACAUUGCUUCAGGAAACUUUGGGUUCAACGCUUUGCAUGAACAGGUGCUGCUGUUGGAUAAAGAUGAUCUUCCUCCAAGCAUCAAAUCAGUAUCUGUCAAGAAAAAGCCUUAUGACAAUGCCGGAGUCACCCCUCUACACUGCGCAGCUAUCAACCCAAACGUCAAGUACCUGACCAAACUGCUGACCAUUCUUCCAGAGUACAACAUCAUGGAUAAAAACCAUUGGAGACCCAUCCAUUAUGCUGCAGCUUGCGAGGGUCCAGGGCCUCUGGAGUUGUUACUUAGCCGGGGCGUCAAUGCUGAUGAAACUGAAACUGAAGGCAAGACCCCACUGAUGAUUGCUGCCGACUGUGGCAGGGUAAAGAAUGUCGAGUUGUUGCUCAAGAAGGCGCAGGGCGAGAAGGAGGGUUCGAAGACUGAAAAUCCCCUCACGAACAAGUGGGGCCUGGCUGGUGUGAACAGGUCGACUAGAUUUGGAGUUUGUGCUAUCCACAUGGCAGCAAAGAAUGAACACAUGGAUGUGAUGAAAGUUCUCCUGAAGUAUGGUGUGGACAUCAACAAAGCUCAGUCCGCCGGGAGAAACAAAGCCACUGCCCUGAUGGAGGCGUCUGGGAUGGGAAACCUCGAGAUGGUGCAGCUGCUGGUGCAGAAUAAGGCUACUAUUGAAGGAAAAGAUCGAAUGAAGAGAACUGCGCUUAUGUAUGCUGUGAUGAACGGCCAUGCCCACGUCGCCUCUUACUUCCUCCACCUCGGUGCGAACCCAAAUCAUGUCGACUCCUCUGGCAAUACAUGUCUCCACUACGCCGUUGCAUACGGAUGGUACUAUUGCAUGCACCUGUUGGUCCAGGCAGGUGCUGAUGCUUCCCUUGUCAACAGUUGGAAGGUAUCCGCAGUGAACUUUGCCUUCUUGAAAGGUCACAUUGGUCUGAUGGAUAAACUUCUGGAGGAGCCAAACGUGGACAUCAACUUCAAGGACGACAGUGGCAUAAACCUUGUCAUGAUGGCAACGGAUUGCACGGUAUCUGAGGGUCUUAUGGAGCAGCUUGAGCACAUUGUCAACGACCACAAUGGAGACUGCACCAUCACUGAUGUGGAGGGGAAUAACUGUCUUCAUCAUCUUGCACAAAAUCUGCCACAAAAUGAGGAGCAAGAAAAGUUCAGCAUGAAAAUUGCAGAGUUGCUCAUCUCAAAGGAAUGCGACAUCAACCAGAAGAACAAGAAGGGACAGACGCCAACUAUGGUCGCCAUGGCAACGGCCAACAUUGAGAUGGUGAAGUUCUUUGUCCAGAACGGCGGAAUAUUAUCAACUGAAGUCGAUCAGAAUGGCAACAAUUCUCUCCAUGUAAUGGCCAAGAAUUGUCUCGAGAAUGACAUGGCAUCAUUGCUGCCAGUCUUAGCCAAAUCGGCUGCAACAAAAAAUGAAGAUGGAUGGGGCCCGGUCAAAGCAAUGGCAAAGGUUGUUAAUUACGAGGGCUUCACACCUCUCCUUUUAGCUGCUCAUACGUACAGCACUUGGUCGAGAUGGGGAGCCGAAAAUGUCCGGGUACAGUAUUUGGCAAAUGGUCGGAGCUUCCUGCAGGCACUGAUUGAGAAAGCUGACUCCAGUAUAACUGUUACAGUGGACAAAAUCAAAGAGUCGCAUCGAAAAACGAAGGAUGAAGACAUGAGUGAUGGCGAUGAUUCUGGCAAUAGUGAAGACGAUGAAGAUGAGGAUGACAAUGGUGUUGAGCAAGAAGGCCCUUCAAUAGAAGAGGAUGCGGUAGCCGCGGCCAAACAGGGAGAGAACAAAAAUCAGGAUCCAUACGGACCUUGUGGGAAAUGGUCGCUGGUGCACUUCCUCACGCAAGUCAAAAGCGAGGACAAUGAAGACGUAGUUAAGCUCCCCGCUCUGAUGAUGCUUUUGGAACAUAAACCACCCCUUGAUCUCAUUGACAAAGAAGGACACACACCACUCUUCAUAGCUAUCAAUGACAAGAAGCCUUACAUCGCAAACGUUUUGAUUGAUGCUGGUGCUGAUGUUAACAUUGCCUCAGAGAAUGAGAAAGCAGAUGGAAAGUCAUCGCCAUUGGUUAUGGCUGUGAGAAAGAAUCAGUGUGAGGUUGUGGAACGACUUAUCAAGAAGGGCGCCGAUGUCAACACAGUCGAUCAUCGAAAUCAGAACACUGCACUCCAUUAUGCUGCAAUGAACAAGGGAGGAAGUCCUGGCAACCCGCUGCAGGUGUUGAACCUCUUACUUGAUGCCAAGGCAGACGUUAAUGCCUUGAACAAUCGCAAGCGAACACCACUCCAUCUUGCUGUUAACGCCAACUCAGGUUCCACAAAUGAAACAACAGACGUGGAGGAGUUACUGCUCGAGAAAGGUGCCGAUAUAUUUGCACGGGAUGUGAGAGGAAGGGUGCCACUUCAUUACACAUUCGUCAAGAUCGGGAACCAUAAGAAUACGUCUGCUCUUGAUCCGAUUGAGUUAUGCAACACUAUGACGUCAGCCAUGAAGAAUGUUGAUCUCGACCUGCAAGACGUGUUUGGGCAGACGCCCCUUCAUUUGGCAGCAAGACGAGGUGCGACUGUGUGUUUCAUGCACUUAACACAGCCACAGAGAAAGGUCAACAUCGACAGUAAGGACAACCUGGGAAAUACUCCAUUGAGCUUGGCGGUGCUCGCUGGCCACGACAGCUGUGCUAUCUCGCUCAUCCAGAAAGGUGCUAACAUCAACGUGAGCUGUGUUAUCGCGCCGGAGGAGGACAGGUCAAAGGAGAAGAAAGACGAGAAGCCAGUGUGGAAGUGGAAACCACUCAAAGCAACGCCCCCACUGGAGAAUCAGAAGUGCCCGCUCUUUUUGGGUGUGAUUCAGAAGGACUGGCAAGGUGUUACCUACAUUAUACUGGACCUGCUGGACAACUUUGGAGUCCCUUACACCCAGUGUGUUGAGUGUUCACUGAAUGUAGAGAAGUAUCAGUUAGCCUUGAGACUCAUCAACCGAAUGAAGGACCACAGUCGAUUGGCGAUUCUCAACAAUGAGAAACAGAAUCUGUUCCAUGUGUUGUGCCAGUCAACAGGGGAUCACAAUAUGCAGCUGAAGGUUGCUGAUGCUCUCCUGUCCAAGGGUAUCCCUGUGAACGACCGUGACAUGUAUGGCUGUACCCCUCUUCAUUAUGCAGCAUUGACUAUCAACAAACCUCUGGCAAAGUUUUUACUUGAAAAGACAUCUGAUGCUGUUGCUACUGUUGAUUCACUUGGGCGGACAGCUUUGGCUGCGCUAUUCUGGGAUUUAGAGCAUAAUAUGACCGUUGAUGAGGACUUCUGCCAGCUGCUUCUUGACAAGGGAGGUCAACUCAAUAUCCUUUGCGACUACCCAGCGUUCCACCCCGCCUACUAUGGAAGCAAAGUGCCUGCCAGUUCUACGCGGUACCACACAAAAUUAGAUACAGACAGAAUAGCCCCACUUGCAUAUGCUGUUGGCCUCAAGAAUUUCGACUUGGCGAAGAUGCUGCUCAAGCUUGGUGCAUCGGUGAAUGUGCGGGAUUCAAAGAAUAGGACGCCUAUCAUGUAUGCUGUCAGACAAAAUGACAUCCACAUGUUGAAGCUCCUGCUGGACCAUUCCUAUGACAAAGAUGCCAAAAAAGAAAAAGAUGACAAAACGAAGCCGAAAUUGGUGAAGAAGAAAAGUGUUGUUCAAAAGAGGAUCUUCCAGUUGAAGAAGAUCGAUAGCUUCAAACAGAAUGUUGAUGAUGAUGACAAGGAGAGCAAGGAUGAGGCUGAGGUGGAAGUGAAAGUGAAAGAGACAGGUAACAACCGCAGGAAGAGUACACAGCUUGAUGAUGAUGUUGAACUGAAAUUCGAAGAAUUCCCAAAGAAGAGCGAUGUUGAUUUGACAGUUCAGGACGAUCAAGCAUGGACUGUCAUUCACCACCUGGCGUCGCCACUUGAGGUGGGAUCGUACGAUAACCUGGAGAUGUUGAAGAUACUCGUGGACAAUGGUGCGCCGCUGACGGAAAAGGACCGAGCUGGUCUGACUGCAUUGGAUUGUGCCCUGAAUAAUGGUGCUACCAAGUUAUCGAAGGGAAUACAAAAGUUGUUGGCCAUAGAAAAGGAGAAAUGGGAAAAACCCACGUAUCAAAGCUUAGAAAUCAAUGAUUCCAUAAAGUGGUCUUCGCCGCCGCUAGACUUCGAAGACGACUCUAAAGCAUUCUUGAGCAAGCUUGAAGAAAGUGCCAUGGACACGUCAGAGAGUAAAUCUCUGCUUGAGCCAGAUCACAGAGUGCAGGCUCAUGUUGACUCUCAGGGAGAGAUUGUCAUGGAUGAGGAUCAGGACAUUCCAUAUGAUGCACUCCUGAAUAAAGUGGAUGUUAAUGCCAGUGCUUGGGGGAUGUAUAACUUCUAUAUACUCCAGCUUGUACGGCACAAGGUGAAGGACAUGUACAUUUUAUUCACUCGAUGGGGUCGCCUUGGAGAUGAGGGGAACUUCCAGCAGACGCCCUUCCCCACAUUUGAAGAAACCGUCAAAGAAUUCCGCAAAGUAUUCAAGGAGAAGACUGGAAAUGAUUGGAGCAAUGUAAAAAGUUUUGAAAAACAACACAAGAAGUGGUGCUUGGUGCAACGGGAGGAUAAGCGAACAAAACCACCAGAGGUGAAAUUCAAUCUCAAGUCACCGAAGUCCUCACUACUUCCAGCUGAAAUUCAGCACAUAAUCAAAGAAUUUACCAACGUCCAGGCCCUGGAGACUUCGAUGAAGGGUCUUGGUGUUGACUACGAGUUCAUGCCAUUGGGGAGGAUAAAGAAGGAAGCCCUUCUUGAAGCAAGGCUUAUACUUGGCAAGCUGUCGGAAUCGAUUGAAAAAAAGGACAAACAUAUGAAUGGUGAAGAAAAAUUAGAUCUGCCUGAUUACCAGAAACUAUGCGAGGAGAUUGUGCAAUUCAGUAAUGAUUACUAUCAGUUGGUGCCACAGCACGGCUAUGUGUACGAGUCAAUUCGGCCAAUAGACAUGGAUUACGAAAUCAAGGAAAACAAACGACUGAUAGACAACCUGCUUGACCUUGCCAUAGCGAGUAAGGUCAUCUGUGCUGCUCAGCAGAGAGUUGAAGCAAUCAACCCCUUGGAUUAUGUCUAUCGCACGAUUGAAUGCAAGAUCCAGCUGAUGCUUGAGGAUGAUCCUAUGACACAGUAUAUCCUACAAUACGUUCACAACACUGGAGGAGAUUCUGCAUCUGUGGAAGCCAUCUUCAAGAUCUCGCGUGCUGGUGAAGAGGAGAGGUUCCAGAAGUGCGGACUGACCAACAGGAAGUUGUUAUUCCAUGGGACGUACACUGCCAAUAUGAUCAGCAUCCUAAAGAGGGGGCUACUGAUUGCUCCUCCAGAGGCGCCAAGAUGUGGUGCCAUGUUUGGAGAUGGUAUCUACUUUGCUGACUCGUUCUCCAAGAGUCGCAAUUAUUGUUGCAAUCGAUACACCCAUACGGGUGCCACAGAGACUGCCUUCAUGUUUGUUGCCGAGGUUGCCCUUGGCAACGUCAAAGAAUACUACGACGCUGAGGACGGUCCCAUUGAGAAGAAGUACAAUAGCACUGUGGGGAUCGGGAGUCAACAGCCUGACCCGAGAUACGACAUCUGCCUGCCAACAGGAGCUGUUAUUCCACUAGGCAGUACCAUUCCCACGCCAAAGCCAGAUAAGGAUGAUGAUGAUGACUACUUCUAUUUCAAUCUGAACCAGAACGAGUACAUCAUUUACGAUGAGGCUCAGGCUUGCCUGCGUUACAUCAUCCAGUUCCGAUAAAUGAUUAGUUUGUAAAGGACUAGGACUGAGGUUUUAUCUUGAAUCUCACCAAUGACCUCCUACUCUAAACAGUGAAAUUUUCGUGGCUUUAACAAUCCACAGAUUGUCAUAUAAAACGCUUAAGACAAUUUCAAGUGUUUCCAUCUUGUCAAAUUUGUAUAAAUCUCACAAAACAUUAUUCCUCUUUAAAGGCCUACACGAUUCGUGCACAUUGUAUUUACCUGUGCCACAGGUAAAUUAAACUAAACAUUGUCACGGUGCAGUAAGUCGUUGGUAUAAGAUGAAAACUGACCUAAAGGGUAUAGCUGUUAGUGUACACAACAUCAGUGUUGAAAUUUAUAUUCAUUGUGUAUUUACACUAUUGAAAAAUCUCAAAUUCAAUUUCAAAUUUUAAAUGAACAGUGUAGGCCUUUAAAUGACAAAUUUAUAGCAACUGUUUUGAUACUGUAUUCAAGAUGAUAAGGUUCAGAAUUUGUAUAGUUUUUGAACUCGACAUGCUGGCUUAGAAUUACGUGCUAAAGCUAGUACAAUGUAAUUCCCAGCAUGUAUGAAUAUUGAAGUGUUAAGUUACAAAAUGUGAGGUCAGUUCAGUUGAACUGGCAGCACUUAAAUAGUGUAAUCUGUAAAAGGAACUACAUUGACCAUGUUAUAUAGCUGCAGUAAAAUCUGGAUAAAAUCCAUAAAUUGCAAAUAGAAAUAGUGGGACAUUAUUGGCAUUUAUAAUACAUCGGAAAAUUACAGUAAAAAUCUAGAUUUGUAUUGUGUAGACUACUGCAUCUCGGUACAGCGUUUCCAACAGAGCAGUUCCCUCUGAGUGUUCCAGGCAUCACCUGUGUGGUAUAAAUUUUUGUUUUCUAAGGUUUGUUACAGCCAGGUUUUUCAAAGUCUUCCUUGAAAUACGCGUGACGACGUUUGCUUUUCUUGUGUCUUUUCUUGCUACAUCCAGUAAAGAAGCUUGUUCAAGAAUAUUUGUUUCUUUCUUGAGGUUUCUUUCUUCUUCUACUUGCUUAGAAACGGCAUUUCAAUUGAAAUGAAAUAUGCCGUGAGAAAGAAAUGUGUUGAGCAAAUCGAUGCACUUUGGUAUUGUAAUUUGAUGUUUCUUUUGUUACCUUGCCUGAUUUCUCAAAUAUUUUUCUUGUUAAUUUGCUAAAGCUUGUUUCUAACGUGUUACAGCAUUUUUGUUAUUUGAGAGAUAAACGAUAAACAACUUACGCCCCUUCUAAGUUGGGAAAGCGAACUGUGUUUAAGUUUUGAACUAAUUGAAGAAUACUGUGGUUAUACACUUCUUGGCGAUUGAAAAUUAGUGGUAUGAUGUUGCAGUCGUCAUUAUUAGUCAAAAAUCUUACAGUUGUAGAGCCAAAUAUGGGGCUCAAUCAGGGGAGUGUUGGUAGUGACCUUUUUUCCCAAAUACAUUAUGAUAAAAAUAAAAUGUAACAGUGUAUUACACAUACACAAGAAUAAAUCUACUUGUAUUGUUGAUAUCAACUAUAAACUUGUGCUUUAUACUACGGUAAUCAUGUUAUAUUGUGUUCAUGAUGUAAAUUUUGCCCUAUCAUAAUGGAUAAAUUCCACUUUUGUUCUUUUUCUCGUCACCUAAAAACUACGAUUUUAGCAAUUUAGCUAUUUUAGGCAUUUGAUCAACUCCAUUGAGAAUAUAUCUUUGGAUCUUACUUAAGUACUGGUAUUGAUAUAAUCUGUCUUUACACCAGUUUAAGUUCAGUCAUUGAGGUCAGUGUUUGAUGCGGUUUUUUGGAUGUGUGUGCUGUUGCACCAAGCAUUCUUUUUUACACGUUGGUGUGGGUCACAUUAGAUUUUGAUACAGGACUGUAGAUCGGUAAAUGUUGCUUACUAGAAUUUGUGUCUUCAUAGUUGUGAAUGAACUAGAGAUUACAGUUUAGCAACCUGUCAAAAGGAAAUGACUUUUCCAUUCAGAAUGGCCUGUAAUUCUUCACACGCAAAACAUACUUCGAUGAUCACAUAUCACAUGAAAACAGCUUAAUUUUUGCCCAGGGUAAUCUCUAGAUUGAUGUACAUGUGUAUUUUAUGAUGUACUACUAGUAGACCUCAGUGUAAUUUCUUAAUUGUAGAUGUCGGAGAAUCUUGGUUGUGUCCAAACAGUCGCAUGCUCUUUUCAUAUUGUACAGAUUGUAUUAGCUUGUAUUAGAUUGUUGUAGUUUUUCAAAAAGCCCAGUGAAACUAAAUGGUAACAUUCUAAGUUCUAAAUGUUUUGAACAAUUCAAUGUGUAAGUCCGCUUUUUCUGGCUCAGGUCAUCUUCAACUCCAGUUCAACCUGACGGUCAUGUGAUGAUAUGAUAAUAAACUGUGUUGCAGCUGGGGCAGUCAAAAGACAUCCCGCUGCUGCAUUCAGUCCUUCAUAUCAGUCCCUUUGGGAUGGCCUUGAAGCACAACUGGUGUUUCUGAAAUAUUUGCUGUGUUUGACUUAAAAUGUGAUGGAAUGAAUGGAUCUUACUUUCGUUUCAAUAAUUUUGGGAACAGUACUCGUUAAAUGUUGGAGCACUGCAAUUAAAAUCGAUGUGGUUGGUUUGAAACAUCUGCGACGGACCUCUACUUUACAUGGAGGUUACUCCUCCUUAGUAUGGUUUUCUCAGGUUGACUUGGAGUGAAGACAGUUUGCUUCGAAGAACAAUUGUUCUUAUAUAUUAACACAAAUCAUGUACUAUUAAGUGUUGUAGCGCUUCAUACUGUUCAUUUAGAGUACUAGUUAUAGGAUAGAUGUAGUGAUGUCCAAGACCAAGAGUUAUUCUGCAUGUGAAGUGACGACGUUUUACAUCUUGGGGCUGCCUGCCAAAACACUUUUAAAACCACAAAAUUAUAUUCGAUGUCUUAACAGACAGCGAAUAUAAUGCCAUGGGUGAUUUUUUUGGACUGAUAAAAUGAUGAAUACGUUUGUUGUCAAUUCCUUUCUAUUGCCAUUUGACCUUCCAUUAAGAAAUCUGGCAUUUCAUGUCAAACAACAAUUGACUUGUGUUAAGGUGUGCAGCCCAAUUAGUGGGAGAGUUUACAUUCUGAUAAUUUCCUCUUCAUUAUUUGAAAGGUAGUGUUUCUCAGUCAGUUGUUGUGAAGAUUAUUCAGUCUGGAUGCAGAUUUUGAUUGGCUUGUUGGCCUUGUAAUGAAAAACAGGAUGUCUGAUUUAAAAAGAAGUAAAUGCAGCGUGGUUGAGCUUACAUGACCAUUCGCAAAGUCUCCAAGUAGAUUUUACCAAAUCUUUUCAUCUGAAGCUUCAAGUGAACUGAAAUGAAGCUUCCAUAUUCGAUUAGCAGGGCUGCCUACUUGUGCUUUUGUGGAGGAGAAUGUAUAAAACAAUUUCACCACAGUUCAAAAGAUAUAUUUGUUGUAUCAAAAAUGUUAGAAACAAAUCGAUUCUGAAUCAUUGUACACUACAGUGUUGACUGUAGAGACAUAUUGGUAUUCAGAUAUGUGCUCUUUGAAGGCCUGCUCCAUUCAUUAAAAAAAUUCAAUGAACUUGGAAGUCCAAUUCUGUAAAUACGUUCUAAUAAAUUUGAACACUACUUUUGUGAAGACUAAUAUACAGAUACUAUGAGACCUAAGUUUCAGCUAAUUUGUGUGCAUUAUAACUGCACUAUGGCAGCUUUAAUUUCUGUUUACCCAAGCCACAAAAAAAUGAAAUGAACACAAGGAGAGUAGGCCUUUGAAAAUUUCUUGUUAAAAAAUCAUGGUAGGCAGGCCUGAAUGUAUCUCAACUGAAUGGUCCUCGUUGUAUUUUGGCUUCUUGUACACCUUACAAUUACCAAUUUGGGCAAUAAUGUUGACCUGAAAUGAACAUCCGUUUUAUAAAAAAACUGGUAUAUAUUUUGAAAUUAUGAUGACAAAAUAAAGUGUGUACAUGU